CAGGCGCAUCCACCGACACCGACAGCAAGAAGGGCGACCAGGGACCACAAGAUGUCUGUCCAGCACAAGAUCCUCCGCACGGCUAACGCGCCCAACACUCCCCCGGAUGAGACGGAGACCAGCGUCGCCCAGGCGCUGAUCGACCUCGAGAACAACGUCCCUGAGCUCAAGUCCGAGCUGCGCCCCCUCCAGAUUUCCGCUGCGCGCGAGGUUGAUGUCCGUGGUGGCAAGAAGGCGAUUGUCGUCUUCGUCCCGGUGCCGCAAUUGAAGGCCUUCCACAAAAUCCAGCAGAGGCUGACCCGUGAGCUCGAGAAGAAGUUCUCUGACCGCCACGUCGUCUUCGUCGCCCAGCGCCGCAUGCUCCGCAAGCCGACGCGCACUUCGCGUGUCCAGCAGAAGCGCCCCCGCAGCCGCACCCUCACCAACGUCCACGACCGCAUACUCGAGGACCUCGUCUUCCCGACCGAGAUCGUCGGCAAGCGCACCCGUGUCUCCGUGGAUGGAUCGAAGCUCCUGAAAGUCUUCCUCGACUCGAAGGACGCCACGUCGCUGGAGUACAAGCUCGACUCGUUCUCGUCUGUCUACCGCCGGUUGACGGGCAAGGACGUCACGUUUGAGUUCCCCGUCGUCGCCCAGGAGUAGGCGAUUGCUCUCGGUCUUCGGGCGAUUCUAUGACAUGUACUUAUGCAUACCGCACUCAUCGCAAAAUUCUUAUGCCAUAUGGAUGCCCUUGUCA